CUUUGAAAAAUAUUCAACAGCAUUGCAACCGUGCCUCGACUUCUUCAAAACCGAUGUUUACUUUGUUAAAUGACUCAAUAUGAUCAGUGAAAUCGACAACAUUCUUUCCUCAAACUAUGAAAUAACAAAUGAAGGGAGUUUUGUAGGGAUCGCCGACAGUUCUGCAGAUGGAUCGUUUCUUAUUCACUACUUUCUCAAUUCUAAUCUGAGGAAAGGCAGCAAGGUCUGUUUUAUAGGGUUUGCCCAAUCUUUCAACCAUUACUCUACAGUUGCUCAAAAGCAAGGCGUCAGCCUGAAUACAGAAAAAGAAAAUGGGAAUCUUGUAUUCAUUGAGGGAAUGAAAUACCUUGGGCAGGCAAUCUGCCACCAGGCACUUGGCUCACAAGACACAGAAGGAGGAAAGAGCCAAGACCCAUUUUCUUGUUUAGCGAAGCAAUGCAGCCUUCAGCCGUUGUUGCAGUAUGUUAAAUCACAAAUAUCGUAUAUGACUUCAGCGGACAACAAAGCAAGACAAGUGCUGAUUAUAGAUAAUCUAAGUUUACUGAUAAACAUUGGUGUGCAACCAAAAGAAAUGGUCACUUUUCUUCAUUAUCUGAAAAAUUCACUCCUAAACAUUGACAUUCCAGGACAGGUAAUUGUUUUAUUAAAUGUGAUGCAAACUGACGAAGAUGCCAUGUUUCUGUGGAAGUACCUUUGUCACUCUUGUAGUAUGACCAUGCUUGUGUCUGGGCUACCGAGUGGCUACUGUAGAGAUGUACAUGGGGAGUUAACCAUCAAAGUCCAAGACAGCCACUGUAAACCAAAGAAAGCAACAACAAAAAGCUCCAGUUCAAAGUGAUGGAUAAAAAUGUGUCAUUCUUUGCCUCCGGCCUAUCAUCAGCAGUGUUAUAGUUGCCCAUGCUCUGUAUCAAUAUAGUAAUUGUAUUAUUGUAAUCACAUUCCUAUCAUAUGUAUUAAUACUGUUUGUAUUAUGGUGCAACAGGACUGUUGUAAAUUAAACAACUGUACAAUCAGUCCAUCUUUAACCACAUUUUCACCACAUUUACAAUACUGUUUGUAUUUUGGUAGAACUGAACUGAUGUAAAUUAAACAAUGCAUGAUUAUUAUCUUCAGCCAAAUUGUCACCACAUUAACAUUUUUUCCGCCUUUGCCUGGACUUGCAAUCAAUUUGCUUUCAGUACAAUCCCUCCCCAAAUUUUCAGCAUAAAAAUGUCAGUAAAAUCGAAGAAACACAGUGGCGUAUUGACACACUGUAGGUCAUUAUUGUGUCCCUUUGGGGCCAGGAUAUUCUAGUUUGGGCGUUCAUUCCCCAAAUCCCCUAUCUGUUCUUUGCUGGUCAUUUUGGCUUGUAAAAGAACUAUAUGUCACAAUGAUGUUAAUAUUUUUGUAACAGUAUUGUAAAACAGAAUACACUGAAAUGUAAUGUAUUGUAAGUUUCCAGACUGUUACCGUCUUUCUGUGUUGUUACCACACUGGGCAUUAUAAUGGGUAGCAAGUCUACACUAGAUAAUCAAAUGAUCUAUUUGAGCAACAUUCCAGUAGAUAUUUUGCCAAGUGACUGAGUCUGAAAUUGUUGGCCAAUUUUAUUCUUAUGACCACCAAAUGAGAAUUUAUAUAUUUGAUAAUAAUUCCCUGAUAUUUGCUACCAGACAUGACCAUGGUAAAUUUCAUGCUGACCGGUAUGUGGUCUUAACUUUAGUGAAUGCCUGUUUACCUAACGAACUGUUUGAAGUACCUCCCAUAGAAGGUGGGACUUGCAUUCUAAGGAUCUGGACUGUCCUGUUUGUUAGUCAUGUGUUCGAUUCCCAGAUUGAUGUUGAUAACAAUUAGGUGUGAAUGUGGACAGCAUGUAUACUAUAUCAAUAGUAAUACGAUUGUUAGAAACAAUAUUGUGAUAAUUUGCAAGUAUAAUACGAUUAUUGCAGAUAGUGGUAUUAUUAUUAAAUAUUUAGAGCACUUGAAAACAUUGUAAUGUGUUAGUGUUUCUUUUGUAGGGUACAAAAUAUUUGCACAUUUUUUAAUGUCUCACAGAAAUGUUUGUUUCAGAUUUGUGGACAUUCUGUUGUGGAAUAGUUGUUUUAUUUUGCCAUGGACUUUCUGCAGCCUGAUUAAGUGUGUCGUGACUGACUGUUACUGUCUUGUUCGUCAUAAACCACGCAUCAACAGGCGAUCAAGUCUACAUCAAUACUCAUUGGUAAAGUCUCCAAGCAUGUAUAAUGUUUACCUCAGUGGGGCCAGGGGUGGUGAAGUACUGUAUCAUCUAACCCUUUCAUUUCAGAGGUGUAUGGUGAAUUGAAAAUUGAAAAUCAUUAGUGCCUGCCACCCUAUGAGUGGCUACAAUGAAUCUAUUUGAACUGACAUGAAGCAGGAGGGGACUGUUUGGAAGAUAUGAUCACACAAGUCUCACUAAAGUGUCACAGUCAUUUACAAUUAUUUGGAUUAUGGUUCUGCAUUGGUUCAUAUGGCAAAUGUCGCAUUUUGUUCUCUUUUCUUGAAGCACUCUCAAAACUAUGGUCCAAAAAAUGUCUUGAGCCUUAUAUUUUACAAAACUAGUGUUCUUGUUCUUUUUUUAAUCAUGUUGACUGAAAGAAAUUUGUUACCAGCCAAUAUAUUUAUCUAUUUAAGAAGUUGUUGACAUGAAAACCCAUUUUCUGAACGAAGACGUGCAGAAUAUAGAUGGUGGCUGAUAUUGAGAAGUGAAGAGAUAUGUUUUAUGAAAUAAACAAGUAUCUGUGUUUC